AGAUUGUUAUAUAUAGUUUGGAAUAAUAUAUUUUUAAGAAAUGAAAUUCAUAAACAUAUUUUAAAGUUUAUUAAACAUAGUGUUGCAGAUCUUGAUAUAAAAGGUUAUGACCAGUUUAAAGAUAAAUCAUAUAUAACAACACUUAGUCUCACAACCCUCACUUUCGGUCAUAAUUUUAACCAAGAAGUUUCACCUGGCUCAUUACCAAAUAGUCUCACAACACUCACUUUCGGUCAUAAUUUUAACCAAGAAGUUUCAACUGGCUCAUUACCAAAUAGUCUCACAACACUCACUUUCGGUUUUGAUUUUAACCAAGUAAUUCUACCCAGCAUACUACCAAAUAGUCUCACAACACUCAAUUUCGGUGGUGGUUUUAAACAAGUAGUUCCACCUGGGACAUUACCAAAUAGUCUUACAACACUCACUUUCGGCUAUAACCAAGUAGUUCUACCUGGCACAUUACCAAAUAGUCUUAUAGCACUCACUUUCGGUGGUGGUUUUAACCAAGUAGUUCUACCUGGAACAUUACCAAAUAGUCUCACAACACUCACUUUCGGUUUUGAUUUUAACCAAGUAGUUCUACCCAGCACAUUACCAAAUAGUCUUACACUCACUUUCGGUUGUGGUUUUAACCAAGUAAUUAGACCCGGUACAUUACCAAAUAGUCUCACAACACUCACAUUUGGUCGUAGUUUUAACCAAGUAGUUCUACCCGGUACAUUACCAAAUAGUCUCAAAACACUCACAUUCGGUGAAGAUUUUAACCAAGUAAUUAAACCCGGCACAUUACCAAAUAGUCUCAAAACACUCAGAUUCGGUUUUGAUUUUAACCAAAUAAUCAACCCCGGCUCAUUACCAAAUAGUCUCACAACACUCACAUUCGGUGAUGGUUUUUACCAAGUGAUUCCACCUGGCACAUUACCAAAUAGUCUCACAACACUCACAUUCGGUGGUGGUUUUAACCAA